AUGGAGUUUGUCUCUCUAUUCAUUGAUGUUCACAUAAUUACCACAAUUCCAGCCACAAUGCAAUGUCUCUUGGCCAAGACUCUAUUCAAAGUAUCGAGAUUCUAUCGAAUGUACAAGACUUAUCUCAUCAAUAUUUUCGUUGUAGAAGAUCCAACGAAUCAAUUCAUUCCUCAUUUGGAGAAAAUCACGAUUCCGUUGAAGGCAAGCUCUGCAGGUUGGGAGGAGGCUGAGAAACGGAUUCCUUGGGGAUCAAAACAUCAAUCGAAUCAAGUUGGGAGACAUUCUUGCUGGAAAAGCAAUUUGGCGUCACCGGUGGAGGUGCUGAACGAGGCGGAGAAAUGUGGCUUUGUGGCGGUGAUGAUGGCGAGUACAAAUGGAGGAAGGACAACGAAAUGGACAUUGCAAAAGAAAGACAAAGAUUUACAUUUA